AGAUAGAUGGAUUCCUUUAAAGGACAAGGAAGCAUUCAGAUGCUGUUAAUUACAGAGCAGGAGGCCCAACACAUUGUUUCCAUUGCUAGAAACUUGAAGAUAGCAAGGUUGAAGCAAGCAAAAGAAGAAGCUGAGAGGGAAGUGGCACUUUAUCGCUCUCAUCUGGAAGCUGAGUUCCAAAAAAAAACUUCAUAUACAAGUGGGAGCUCGGUGUCUAAUGUAAAACGACUUGAAGAGGAAACUGAAGGGAAGAUUCGAAACUUGAACGAAUCAGCAUCAAGGAUCUCACACGAAGUUAUUGGCAUGCUCAUCAAGUAUGUCACAACACUGAAAACUUGA